AUGGUUGCCGAGAGUGAAAUUUUAAAACCUACAAUCUCCGGAACAUGCAGUGACUCAGAACAAAUGGCAAACAGCUCCCCUGAGCCUUUUCAUCGGAAAUUGAUUCCAGAAAUUCGACUUCAGGAAGAAUUCAGGAAGGAACUAUGUAGGGUCAGGGAGGAGCUAAAAGAAUUUCGAAGGGAUAUGGUAGAACUAUGGGAAUCGUUAGUGAUGAGUAAUAAGAGAAUGGAUGAAAUGGAGAGCAGGUUUUCUAGAACAGAAGGCUCAAAGCAAUAA